AUGCUACUUCGGUCGUCGCGUGUGGGUAUCAAUUGCCGCUAUCUUAGCGUGCUGAGUGGCAUCUCGGAAGAUUUACUUGUGAGUACGAGCAUCGGCCACCAAAUCGGAGGCGACUCGCAUGCUGCACUGGUGGAUAGUUUAGUCCAGACGAAUGUGGUGGCUGCUGGUUCACGACUGGAGGCAGCGCUGCGGCGUGUGGACCGCGCAGACUUUGUAGCGCCUGCGUUUCAGAGCUCAAGCGAGAGAUAUGCGAAUCGUCCAUUAAAAAUCGGUACGGUGGCAACGAUCUCCACUCCCCAGCAACACGCACAGGUCCUCGGACUGCUGGAGCCCCACCUCCAACCAGGAAUGACAGCGAUGGAUAUCGGCUGUGGGUCAGGCAUUCUCGUGGCCACAAUGGCUCAACUGGUGGGGCCUAUGGGAUUCGUUACGGGCGUCGAUAUUGUCCCUGAAUUGGUAGAGUUCUCAAAAGAAAACUUGCAGCGGAGUUUGGGGAAGGACGCAGCGGACAAACAAACGAAGAUUAUUGUGAGUUCUGGAAAGAAAGACCUUGGCUUGCCAUCCGACGUUCGCUAUGACUGUAUCCAUGUUGGCGUUGCAGUGGAAACCAAAGCAGAAGCGGAAAGCUUCUUGAAUUACCUCAAACCCGGCGGUGGGCUGUUGAUCCCCCUCGGUGGUGCUGGAACAGAGCAAAAGCUCGUCAAGAUGACUAAACAAGCCGAUGGGACGGUGGACAAGCGCGAUAUCAUGAGUGUGCUUUGCCAACCGAUGCUGGACAGUAUCCCCGUCGAGGAUAUCCAGGAAACUCGAGCGGAGAAUCUGGCGCGCGUGGAGAACGCUCUAACACUGUGGCGUGAAGAUUUUGAGACCAAAAAUGGACGGAAGCCUACGCGAGACGAUCUCAUGGGCAACGAGGAAUCGAAAAAGCUUUUUCAAGAGUUUGCGUCACUGAGAAAGUAA